AUGUUGUCCUCAUCUCCAUUCCUCCCAACCUUUCUUCUCCUUCUUUCUCUCCCCAUCCUCUUCCUCUUUGCCCCUCGCAUUCUCUCUCCUCGCCAAGUCCCCAUCUCUCUCCCCGACGAGCUCGAUGAUCUCGCCCUGUUCCAGAAUGCUUCCUCUGAAUCAUCAUAUCACAAAACAUGGUCUCAAUCACAUUUAUCAUCAUCAUCAUCAGCAUACCCAUCUUCCAAAUUCCGCCUCGGAGCCACUAACCCCAAAUCCAAAAUCGCAUUUCUCUUCCUUACAAACUCCAAUCUCCACUUCGCUCCCUUGUGGGAACGUUUCUUCGGUGAAAAAUCUCACCAUCUUUACAAUAUCUACGUCCACGCCGACCCAACUGUGAAAAUUGAUAACCCAAAAGGCGUAUUUCAAGAUAGAUUCAUUCCGUCAAAAGUGACUCAGCGUUCAUCACCAACACUUAUCUCCGCCGCUCGCCGCCUACUCGCCACCGCCCUUUUGGAUGACUCGGCCAACGCCUAUUUUGCUGUCAUCUCCCAACACUGCAUACCACUCCACUCCUUCAAGUAUGUAUAUCACACUCUCUUAGAUCCAAAAUUGCCCAAGCUUGGUCAGUUUCGAGAGUUUAAGUACCGUAGUUUUAUCGAGAUUCUUUCCAAUGAAUCCACACUGUGGGAUAGAUACAAUGCCAGGGGGAAAAAUGUGAUGUUACCCGAAGUUCCCUUUGACGAAUUCCGAGUUGGGUCUCAAUUUUUCAUCCUAACUCGAAGGCAUGCCUUGUUGGUAGUUAAGGAGAGGAGGUUGUGGAGGAAGUUCAAGCUGCCAUGUUUGAGGGUUGAGUCUUGUUACCCAGAAGAGCAUUACUUUCCAACAUUGUUGUCAAUGGAGGAUCCAAAUGGGUGUACACAUUACACAUUGACUCGGGUUAAUUGGACUGAGAGUGUUAAUGGCCACCCACAUACUUAUAGACCUCCUGAGGUGUCCCCUGCUCUGAUUUACAAACUCAGGCAAUUGAAUUCGACAUCCGAGUACUUGUUUGCUAGGAAAUUCUCUCCGGAUUGCUUGGACCCGUUGUUGGAAAUUGCGGAUUCG